AUGUACAAGGAUACUGACCAUAUAAUAGCUCAGGGAGCAGAAGCUGUUUGUUUAUUCGUUGUCAAGAAGGUUCAGUUUUUGGGCAAGGAAUGUGUAUUGAAGAGACGACUGCCUAAGUUAUUCCGACACACUGAUCUUGAUCAGAGUUUAACUCGAAGCCGUAUGGUCGCUGAGUGUCGGAGUACAUACAAAUUAAGAAAAGAAGGAGUUUACGUACCCGUGAUAUAUCUUGUAGAUUUCUUAAAAAGAGAAACUAUUUAUGAAUACGUUCAAGGGGAUACUGUAAACUUUUCCAUUUCUAACUCAACCUUUAAUUCUUACCAUCUCAUUGGUGAAAAUAUUGCUUUGAUGCAUAACGCCAACAUUAUACACGGAGAUUUAACCACCAAGAAUAUGAUUAUGACAAACGAUGGACUACUUUGUAUCAUAGAUUUUGGCUUGAGCUUUUUUUCUACAAUAUCGGAGGACAAAGCUGUUGAUUUAUACGUCUUGGAACGAUGCUUGACCCCCUCAGAGUUUGAGAAGGUUUUAAACUCAUACAAGUCAGUUGUUUUUGAGUCUGACGAGAUAAUACGUAAACUCGAGGAAGUUAGGCUUCGAGGUCGUAAAAGGGACCUCACAGGAUAA